GUCAUGUGCUGCCCCCACGUCGGUGUGCCCCCCCACGGGUCCCUCCCCUUUUUUUCUGGCGGUGCCCCCCCCACUUUUCCAGCAGUGCUCCCCAGUUCCUGGAGUGUGCAGGGGCUUUGCCCCUGUACCCCUUUUUCCCACUGGCACCUCUGAUAGGAGCCUGGUCUUAUAACAGGCUUAAUCAAAAGUGAUACAAGCUACAAAAGUGAGAUCUUGGAAGAGUGUUGCUGUUUUCAUAAUGUACUAAAAAUACUGUAAUGAUAAAUAAUAAUAAAUAGUGUGUAAUAAGCAUGUCAUAAAAACAAAUUUUAUAUUUCCAAGAUCACUGCUUUUAUAAUUUAUGCUGAGGUACGGGAGAAAAUCCCUGGAAAUAUUGGCAAAAAGAACAGGAGUACUUGUGGCACCUUAGAGACUAACAAAUUUAUUAGAGCAUAAGCUUUCGUGGACUACAGCCCACUUCUUCGGAUGCAUAUAGAGUGAAACAUAUAUUGAGGAGAUAUAUAUACACACAUACAGAGAGCAUGAACAGGUGGGAGUUGUCUUACCAACUCUGAAAGGCCAAUUAAGUAAGAGAAAAAAACUUUUGAAGUGAUAAUCAAGCUAGCCCAGUACAAUUGUAUAGUGAAUUUUCAUCUCCUAGUUCAAGCAGUAAAUGCUCUGGUCACUCUAAUAGAGACACUAUAUUAUUCACUACAAUUUGAUAAGAAGUGUGAGAAUACUUACAAGGGGAGAUAGAUUCAAUGUUUGUAAUGGCUCAGCCAUUCCCAGUCCUUAUUCAAUCCUGAGUUGAUUGUAUCUAGUUUGCAUAUCAAUUCCAGCUCAGCAGUCUCUUCUUGGAGUCUGUUUUUGAAGUUUUUCUGUUGUAAAAUAGCUACCCGCAGGUCUGUCAUAGAAUGACCAGACAGGUUAAAGUGUUCUCCCACUGGUUUUUGAGUAUUAUGAUUCCUGAUGUCAGAUUUGUGUCCAUUAAUUCUUUUGCGGCGAGACUGUCCGGUUUGGCCAAUGUACAUGGCAGAGGGGCAUUGCUGGCACAUGAUGGCAUAUAUCACAUUGGUAGAUGUGCAGGUGAAUGAGCCCCUGAUGGUAUGGCUGAUGUGAUUAGGUCUGGAAAUAUUCAUUUUUAGGAGGGGGGUUCACAAGACUUGACAUUUUAGUGAAAGGGGUUCAUGGGUUGUUAAAGUUUGGGAACCACUGCUUCUACUGAUGUGGGUCCCCCAAUACACCGACCUAAUAACUCCACCUCCGCGAGAGGUGUAGCACUUCGCUUGAUGUAGUUAUGGUGACAUCGCGUCUGUGUAGGCGCUGCGUUAUUUAAAUUUCCUGUUAAUUGUCAGCUCUGCACAGGACUCACCACUGUCAGUGCCCCCCACAGUUAAGUUGGUGGAAGUGCUCCUGGUGAGGAUGCGCACCACAGACAUAGGGGGCAUAGUAUGGCCAUGAACCACUGCAGUAACUGCUGACUUAGGUCGACUUAUUUUGGUAGCGUAGGCAAGGCCAAAGAAGUAAACAACACUUCCUUAUCUACUUUCUCUAUACCAGUCAUGAUUUUAUAGACCUCCCCUUGGCCGUCUGUUUUCCAAGCUGAAAAGUCCCAGUUUUAUUAAUCUCUCCUCAUACGGAAGCCAUUCCAUACUCCUAAUCAUUUUUGUUGCUCUUUUCUGAACAUUUUCCAAUUCCAAUAUAUCUUUUUUGAGAUGGGGCAACCACACCUGCACACAGUAUUCAAAAUGUGGGCGUACCAGGGAUUUAUAUAGAGGCAACAUGAUAUUUUCUGUCCUAUUAUCUAUCCAUUUCUUAAUUAUUCCCAGCAUUCUGUUCGCUUUUUUGACUGCCGCUGCACAUUGAGUGGAUGUUUUCAGAGAACUAUCCACAAUGACUCCCAAGAUCUUUCUUGAGUGGUACCAGCUAAUUUAGAUGCCAUCAUUUUAUAUGUAUAGUUGGGAUUAUGCUUUUCAGUGUGCAUUACUUUGCAUUUGUCAACAUUAAAUUUAAUCUGCCAUUUUGUUGCCCAGUCACCCAGUUUUGAGAGAUCCUUUUAUAGCUCUUUACAGUCUGCCUGGAUCUUAACUAUCUUUAGUAAUUUUGUAUCAUCUGCAAAUUUUACCACCUCACAGUUUACCCCUUUUUCCAGAUCUUUUAUGAAUAUGUUGAAUAGGACUGGUCCCAGAACAGACCCCUGAGGGACACCACUAUUUACCUCUCUACACUCUGAAAUUGACCAUUUAUACCUAUCCUUUGUUUCCUAUCUUUUAACCAGUUACCAAUCCAUGAGAGCACCUUCCCUCUUAUCCCGUGGCAGCUUCCUUUGCGUAAGAGCCUUUGAUAUUAUUCUCCUCUUCAGCAAGCUCAAGCAUUUUAUACAUUUCCAUUCCAUCAAAUGAUGACUGCAGCUCCUAACAUGGAAAUUAUGAAUGAACAACAGACUGUAGAGGGCAUUCCAGAUCCAAGCUUUACUCAAGAACCUAUUCAAGAAGUUACAAAGGGAAGGAAGAGAAAAACCAAAUCAACAGAGCCAAAAAAACCGGCUGCUAAAGCAGCUAAAUCAACUAAAUCAAAAGGCAAACAAGAGAAGAUCACAGAUACAUUCAAAGUCAAAAGAAAAGUGGAUCGUUUUAAUGGUGUGUCUGAAGCUGAACUUUUGACCAAGACUCUUCCUGAUAUUUUGACCUUCAAUCUGGAUAUUGUAAUUAUUGGCAUAAACCCGGGUUUAAUGGCAGCCUACAAAGGGCAUCAUUACCCUGGACCUGGAAACCACUUUUGGAAGUGUCUCUUUUUGUCUGGGCUGAGUGAGGAACAAUUGAACCAUAUGGAUGACCACACUUUACCACAAAAAUAUGGUAUUGGAUUUACAAACAUGGUGGAAAGAACAACACCAGGUAGCAAAGACCUCUCCAGCAAAGAGUUUCGAGAAGGAGGACGAAUUCUGAUGCAGAAACUGCAAAAGUAUAAACCUCGCAUAGCCGUUUUUAAUGGAAAAUGUAUUUAUGACAUUUUUAGUAAAGAAGUUUUUGGAGUAAAAGUUAAAAAAUUGGAAUUUGGAUUACAGCCUCACAAAGUCCCAGACACAGAAACUCUCUGCUAUGUUAUGCCAUCAUCCAGUGCAAGAUGUGCUCAGUUCCCACGUGCACAGGAUAAAGUUCAUUAUUACAUAAAGCUUAAAGAUUUAAGGGAUCAACUGAAAGGCAUUACGCCAAACACAGAGGUGCAGGAGGUGCAGUAUACGUUUGACUUACAGCUUGCACAAGAGGAUGCUAAAAAGAUGGCAGUUAAAGAAGAAAAAUAUGAUCCAGGUUACGAAGCAGCAUAUGGUGGUGCUUAUAGUGAGAAAACCCCCUAUGAGCAUGAACAGUGUAACUUCGCUUCAAAUGGAACAGAAGCGAACAAUCUAGGCUACAGUGGGGGGUCAUCCUUUGGUGACAUUCCUAAUGGACAGUGGAUGAUGCAGUCCUUCACAGACCAGAUUCCAGAAUUCAGUAACAGUGGGGCACAAGAAGAAAGCAGUGUGUAAAAGCUGCCUCUUUGGCAGCUGUGCAUAAAUGCUGCAGUUUUAAUGCAGUUCUCAAGAAUGGUACCUCAGUUCUCUAACUGAAGCAUUUUAAUAGUAUUUUACCUGUUAUUUUAUUAUAGUCCAAACAAAUUGUGUGGUAGAUUUAAUCCUAUGAAGCAGGUAAUUUUUAAGGAAAUGUCCAACAUUUUAAAAGAAAAAAAAUAAAGGUAGCCCUUUUUGUAUAUGAGUUUUAUAUUUAACUUACAACAUUUCUUGCAGUUUAUGACAAACUGCUUUCUCGUAUGUGAAGACUGAUUUCUUUUGGGGUUACUUUAAUUCUGUAAUUUGUAGUGCAGUAGUCUGUGGAAUUAUACUUUUUACUGAUUCCUUCAUAUGGAGGGAUAUUUCAUAACCCUUUUAUAUGCAGAGAGAGGAAAAUGGGAACAUGAAAGCCACUUGCUGAUUAAGAUUACCACUGUUGCUUGAGAGUGUAGCUUUGCUCUCACAGGGAAUAGGGCUUUUUAAAGUCAACAUAGUUACAUGAAUUGUGCAUUUUCAAGGCCUGCCUUCUGUUCUCUGCCACGAGUGAGAGUUUCCCACUUUGCUUUCCAAGCUCCAUUCCCAUUCAGCUCAUUUGCCAUUUGGCACCUGGAGCUCUAAGAGACUUGAGACCUCAUCUCCCCCACCUUGUAAAGGGGGGAGGAGAAUCCAGUUUGUUGAGCAGGGACAGGGCUUGAAGGCUCCUGGUUAGUUGUCUUGAAAUAAGACUGCCUAAUAUCAACUUCGCCUUCUAAGAAAUAAGGUGGAGCCUGUUGGGCUCUGUGGAGCUGAAGUGCCCUCCCUCUCCUCUACGGCUGGUCUCUGACUUCCCACUUGGUUUACACUGAACAGCUCCUUAUAGUGCAGCAAUAGCACUAAAUGGGGGGAGAGAGAAUACCUCAGUACUGGCCAGAUUAGAGAGCAUCCUUGCAGAAAAUGGGGAGGGCCGUACUCCCUGUAAAAUCUAAGAGCAGACACUUAUUUGCACAUGUCACCAAAAGGGAAAACUAGCAGGGUUGGUACAGGACUGAGCAUAAUUCUUAAGAUGUUCAGUUCCUUUCCAAAAUGGGAAGGAAUUGAGAACUAUCUCUAAGAGCUUAGGAGGAUUUCUCCUCCUUGCUCCCCCCCAAAAAUAAUUAUGGUAUGAAGUUAAAGCCAUAGACAGCUGCUAUGUGAAUAUAAAGUCAACCCUGGAAAAUACAGUCUUCUAAAGUACUUAAAUAGUUUGUGUUUCUAGACAAACUUUGACUAAUGUGGCCAAUGUAAUAUUCAGGGAGUGAAAUGAGUUUUCCGUGCUUGGGUAUAAAAUAUCACUGUCUUUCUCUCUUUUGAAUAGAAAGGGGAAGAUAUGGCUUGACGUAAAAGCAAUAAGCUGAUCAAAACAUUUAAUGUUUUGGUGAUCUUAUGAGAGUAGGUGCUUUGUAUACUUGAAAUAUGCACAAACUGUAUCUUCUUAAUCCAAACUGGUCAGAUAUUACAUUACCAGAAACUUUAUCCUUUCUUCCACACUUUGGCAGUUGCCAUCAUGGAUUGAGUGGAUCCAGGUAAUGUAGAACCUAAGCCUGCUAACAACUUUGGAUCUCACACACCCAGGAAGCACACUGCCAGCUUAGUGGGAGGCAGGCAUGAUGUUUACAGUUCUCUUCCCCAGUUGUGUGUCUUAGUCCUAAGAGAACUUUUUAAAUCAAGACAAAAUGUGCAUUGUGGUUCUGAUCAUGUUUGUUAGCCUCAGUGUAAAGCUGUUCAUUAUAUGGUCAAAGAUAUAUGGAAAUUGUUCAUUUGUUAUUUAAAAUGUACUGUAUCAUGUAUCACUGUUUACAUGGACAUGUUCCUGCAGGUGCUCAAAAGUGCCUUGCAUCAGGGAUUUGUAACAAUUCAAUUUAUUUUUCAACAAAAGUAUGUGAAGCAUGUAACUACUAUUGCUGAGUAGAUAGUGCAAUAGUACAUAACUUCUGUAAAGGUGGUUUUUUAAUUUGAAGGGAAAGUUCUGUUCUUUGACAGAGGCGUCUACUAGAAUAUGUAGAUAUAAAGUAGAGCUAAAUGUACAAUGACCAUUUAAUUAAAUAUGGCAAGUAACGUGUGCAUUCUCUCAAAUUGGUGCUGUAACAUGGAGGUUUUAAACCCAUCUUGAAAAUCUAAAGAUGUUUCACAAUAAAAUCAGGAACUGUAUUGGAAUAUC